UCAGUUCAGUCUUUCAUUGGUGCUCACCGGCUGCGCGUGCUAAGCUCCGAGUUGCUAGGUCCAGAACCAUACCUUUCAGAUACUGUAUCCAAACUCCGGGCAAUCCGCUGCCGCUUUAUAAACAAACAGUUAAACAAACCGACCGCUCGAACGUCGCCGUGUGUGUGUGUGCCUGUGUGCUUUUCGCCCUCAUUGUGCUCUCGUGCAAAUGAAAAUUUCAUUGAGCAGAAAGUCGCAGCAGCAGAAGCAGCAGUAGAAAAGUGGAAAAUCCUAAAGCGGCGCCAGCCUCAGCAAAAAAAGAAAAUAAAUUAAAAAUCUCGGCUGGUGAAAUUUCAGUCGAGAACUAGACGCUGCAAUUAAGCCAAAUACAGACCGAACCACGACGAGUCCAUCGCUGGAAAACUGCCAAAACAGCCACGCCAAUCGAUUGCAGGCGUUCCGCAAAUUGAAGUUCAAUCAGCGCAGCUUGUACCGCUAAAUCGACCGACAAAGAUGCAGUGCGGUCUGGAGCAGAUGAACGACUGUGAGCGGUCGCCGAACCGGACGAACCUCCGGGUCAACUUCAACGAGAAGGGGGCGGAGGUGAAGGAGCGGCGGGAGAAGUUCCUCACGGCCAAGUACGGGUCACACCAGAUGAGCCUCAUCCGCAAGCGGCUGGCCGUGGAGAUGUGGCUCUACGACGAGCUCCAGAAGCUCUUCGAUCCACCAAACGAAGCCAUCGAUGUGGACAUCGACGAGAUACUGGACAUGGACACUGAUGACAUAAGGAGAUCUCAUCUUAUAAGAUUACUGUCCGUCUGCAAACGCCCGCAAUCAGACAUAUCGAAGUUCAUUGGCGAUCUCCUGGAUCGCGCAAAAACCCUGUAAAUCGCCGAUGCCUCAUUUGGGAAAUCAUCCAGCAGACCUACACAUACAUACAUAUAUACUAUGCAGAUAAACAAGAUGAAUUAACAAAAUCUAGAUUAUUAAGUUUAGCUUGGAACGCAAAGAACAAAGAAUUCUUGAGAUCUACCUAUUCGAACACUGUGUUGAUUUUCUCUAUGUACUUUAGUUGUUAGUUUGUAUCUUUGCGCUGAUUAAUUUGAAGUCUAACCUAAUUUAAGCUACCCCAGGAAAUGAUAAACAUGAUGAAGAUCGUUAGCCGUAAGCUUAUGGUGUAAUGCCGCCGAAAACAUAAUACUUCAUCAAUUUUGUGAUGAUAUUUUUUUAAUAAAACACAAACAUGAUAUGAUAUACCCCAAAAAGCAAAA